AUGAAUGCACUCCAUCCGCUUGACCUUCCCACAGAGCCCCUCCAGGAGUAUCCCGAGGAGGAGAAGGCCUUCAUCAUACCCACCGAAAAGCUUUCAGUCAUUUCUAGCGCCUCUAUCCCAGUGGACCCCGUCGAGCACGGCCUCCGUGUGCUGUACCGCUGCCUGCUCUCGACACCCUUCUUCGCGGUGGUGCAGCAGACGUUCUUCCGGGGCAAUGUCACCUGCGCGGACGUGAUGCUGGAGACAGACAGGUCGAAGAUACGGAAGGUGGAAGUGGCGGAUUUGAAGGCCUUCGUCCGGAAGUACCUCGACCCUCUCAGGAGCUUCCACUUCGGCUGUGAGUACAACCAUCCCAUCCACCGGGAGCGGAUCAUGACCCACGGCUUCGCGCCCGCCUUCCGCGUGCUGAGCCUGGAUAUCGACUCGGCGAUGAGCGUGGAGCCCUUCUGGAAGCAGCAGGCGUUCAUGACCUGCCUCCUCGCGAACGCGGUGCUGCGGCGCUUCAUGCCCGCGGAGGCGACCGAGCGCCACGUGCUGGUGUGCUUCACCGGGGGAGGGUGGCAUGUCUACUUCGCCUGCGCAAGGCUGGCAAAGAGUCAGGCGCGGUGGGCGAUCGUCGAGAACAUCUCCCGCGCCUCGCUGUUUGCGACGGAGCGGGGUGGGGGCAGCAACCCGCGCUUCCGCCGUGACAGGGAGGGAUUCCUGCAGCUUCCGUUCGGCUGUGAGUGGGUGGACGGGGACCUGUUGCAUAGGCGGGUGGACGAAGCCCCUGAUGUCGUCUGGAAAUCGCGGGAGGAUAUCGCCUUGCUAGUGGAUAACUUGGGCUACUUCCUGCGGGACACGCAGGGGAGGCAUCGGGAGUGGCUGGGGGAGAAGGGUCCCAUCGUCUCCGUCCUCCGAAGCGUGCGCCACAUCCCCCAUACACUGGAUGUCAAGGAGAGAUUGGAUGGCCUUGUGCGGGAGGUGCGGGAGGGAAGGGUGAGGCUGUUGGGCCCGCUGUUCUCGUCGCUAUCCCGCAUCUCGCAGUUCGAGAACAUGCAGGCGAGGAGGAGUUGCGUCGCCGACGCGGCUUGGCUCAAGGGUGCGGUGAUGUACGCCUGCAUCAGCCAUGAUUGCUUCGUGAGCGGCUACCACGUCGACCAGAACUGCGGCCAGAUGCAGCAGAUGCUCCGCGGCCCUCUCUCCGCCAAAGUGAGGGCCUCGGGGGGCUGCUUCCUGUCCUACCCCAUCGGGAAUCUGUCGGAAGUGCUCCAGGCGACCUAUAGAGAGGCCGUCGUGCGCGUCACCGACCUGUCCGAUACCUACGACAUCGAGAAGCAGCCGGUGCUGAAGAAGGGCCUCGCCAGCGUUGGCAAGGCGGGUGUGUUGGGCAAGCUGGACCUCGAGAAUGUGAAUGUGAUUGUCAAAGAAUUUGACCCUUAUGUUGCACGGGAUGCGGUCUUCGUAAUUCAUCUUGAAGUGCUCAGAUUUCCACUCGUAGCGAAAGUGCAAUUCGCCUUUGUCGUUCAUCUUGGGUGUGAGCGGGACUUCGGUUCUCUUACGCUUGCCAUAACCUCCCCAGGUAUGUCGUGGAACAGCCUGGAGGAGUUCAUCAGCUUCUUCAUCGCUAGCCAGGAGUGCGCGCCGCUGCCAGUCCUGACGCUGCACGAGGAGAGCGGGGAGGAUCGCGUGACGAACGGCUUCGAUCUGCUGUUUGAGAUGAUCCGCCAGUCGAUCUACAGCUCGGCGGCGUUCAGCGACGAGGAGAGGGAUGCCAUGAAGAGGAAGAAACUGGACCUACUACGAAGGCUCAGGGCUGCGCUGAAGGACAUCGACACGGGUUGCUUCAAGCAAAAUGGGAUCAACGUGCUCUCGCACUGCUUGAAUAAGGACAGUGUCUCCAUCCUCAGGCUUCUUGUAUUGUCCAUGCUGAAGAGAACCGUCUACGCGAAUUUCAAAAUUCCCUUGAGUUAUUUUUCACCAGAGGAUGGGGACUUCACUCCUGCUAUCAAGGCUGUCGCAAAACCCCUUAUUGAGGGUGGGGAAGCAAAGACUUUCCUUAGACUCGAGUAUAACCUCAACAACCUGUACAUCACUCUGCAGCCUCUCGACUUCAAGGUCUUCCAUAUGUCUACCCUGGUCAAUCGUGAGAUGAUCAAGGCCAGUGAUGAGGUGUGGGAAAAAGCUCUUGAACUUCAGGGGGAUGACAAUGAUGCAGUGGCUGAUGCAUCCACCGAUAAGUCGAAGAGGCGACUGGGGAAGCCUGUAGCGGAAGGGAAUGUCACGCUUUACAACUUUAUCAAGGCGGCCCUCCCUAACCUUAGGUACGAAAAGAGACCGUCCGCCCCCUGCAUGAUGUGCAUGAUCGUCAACUCGAUGAUUUCCGUCAAUGUUGACAAUGUAAACAGACAUCGCCAGGCAUGGUGCUGCUGCAAUCAGACGGACUUGGCUGUCUUGAGGUGUCCUUUCAAGGACACAACCAUCAACUUCACCAUCUGCACCCAUUACAUCACCCUUCUUCACACGGAGAAGUGCGAUAACAACGGUGUUAUUACCUGGUGGGAGAAUGAGAACCUUCUUCAGACGCUUAUCGAAGAUUUCCUUCUUAUGGACGGACCCGAAUCCGACAUGCUGUACGCAAGCAACAGCUUUGUCCCUGUCAGGGCUGAAAUCACCGAUUGUAACUGCAACCAACGGUGGAUCAAGUUCAACCCCGAGAAACGGGCCAACAAGGAAGGAAAGCUCAAAAAUCUUGUGGCUAGAUCCAAUCUGCUUCAGCCAUUCGAGGAGAAGGACGGCGACAAGCACGGUGAGCUCAAUAAGUUGUUCAACCAAUACUUGGUGUCCUUAUUGAAGAACCCGAAGGGCAUGACCAGAAACCCCGUCAUGGCCAACAAGAACAAGAACAAGGGAGGUCCAAGGCCGGAGGUGCAGGAGAAGGAGAUCCGCUCCGAGCAAGAUAUCCCCAAGCCCCCCCGGAAGAAGCAGAGGAGGAUCGAUUUUUCUUCUGCUCUUGCUGCUCAGAUUGCCGCGUCUGCGGAUGGACCUGUGUCUGGACCUGUGUCUGGACCUGUGUCUGGAGCUGUGGUUGAGGCUGAUGCUGCUUCUGCUGCUGAGCCUGUGGCUGCUGAGCCUGUGGCUAAUGCCGAGGCUGAGGCUAAUGCCGAGGCUGAGGCUAGCCGUUCGUCUAGGAAGCGUAAGGCGGAUCUUCGCGAUGUGCCUAAGAAUCCCAAGGAGUAA